CGCAAGAUAUACCUGGGCAAACACCGAAAAAAAAAAACGGAAUUCAAAGUUGUACAUGCGUAGAAAACGUGUGUCAGGUCCUACAGAUAACAAGGCGUUAACUUCAAGCGCCGGACUUCUUUAUAUGCUUCUUUCAAGCGCCCUAUCACACUUAUAAUGUGCACUGUAGCCGCAGUUCUUGUCAAACGCUACCCUACAGCAUCAUAUCACCUGAAUCGAACCCUCACAUGGCCGUGUUACAGAAGAUUACUUACAGCGACCCUCUCUACCGCGAAGUGGAAGAACGCUUCAAGGCCCGAUGGGUAAACCCUGAAAAACGUCUUCCUUCCGUACGCGCCAUCUAUAAGGUCGUACUUAAAAGUGACAGAGCUCAAUACCACUCGCAACAAUACAAACGCUACUUGGAAAGACUGCAAUCGCAACGACCUGGCAAUAAGCUAGUAGAAGAGAAAUUAUUUCACGGACAAGUCCGUGCAUGCAACAUUGGUGAUGAUAAUGGUCGGGCUCCUGUAACCACCCCGUGCUCCUCGCCGCAAUGUGCAGUAUGUCACAUCCUUCAAUGCGAUUUCGCAGAUGGGGCUGCCAAGAAAAAUGGAUUCUUUGGUAGGGGUAUCUACACCACAACCGCUUCUAACAAAGCCGAUUAUUUCUGUCGGAAUGUCAACUCAAAUUCACCGUAUCGAUUUGUUUUCAUGAGCAAGGUUGCCGUCGGUAAACCGUCACUUCUUGGCAGCAAGAACGAGAAUUUGAACCAGGCUCCCUCUGGAUACGACUCGGUCCAGGCAUUGACUACGGAUGCUGGCGGGGUUGUCAAGUACUCGGAAAGAGUUGUGUACCAAGACGAAGCAAUGUGUCCUUAUGUUGCCAUCGUAUACAGCCUGUAAUAUGCGGAAGCAAGCAAUGAUUUGGUCUAUCGUAGCUUUCAAGAUGAAGCUAUUUUGUAAGCGGUUCUGCAGGCUUAUCUCUCUUCUGUGUCCAAGACAGACGGUAGAUAGAGCAAGUAAUAUAUUUUGGUUGUGGAAAUUCAUCAACGUUUACAAGUGCAUACACGAUACUGGUGCACCGUGAUUCAGCAA